UUGAAUCUCUUUGCAGACACUGCUAGAAGGCAAAAGUUGAUACAGGCAACCUCAUUAGAACUGAUCAGCUGGUGCAAGCAGAUGAUCUUUUUUUUUUAAUUGGAUACGUAACAUGUGUGCAAUGUUUGUCACACACAGACUAUUUUUCAAAAACCCAAAGUCUCGAAUAAAUGACUGAGAACAUAAGACGAGGCUGGACCCGCAAGUUGACGGAGUGUAAGACAGAAAUUAAUGAUAGCAAUAUAAACCUGCCAUCCUUCUGUAAGAGUUUGGAAAGAUGCUUUCAAAAAGGUGUCGUGAUGCGCAUGAACGCGAUUGGGUUUCCAAAAUUACCCGAAGCCUGGUUUUGGAUGGAAGAAAUCACAGACAAGAAUCAAAGUCUCAGCUAUUCCUACACCUCGGCUGUACAAGCUGUGAAAGAAAACCCACGACUCCGAUCUCCUUCUGGACGACUGAGACUUUUGAUACGAAUCUGUCUGUCUCGAAAAUGUCUUCACGUACCGGUACAAAUUUUAUUACAGAACACUCCGUUGCUCGCCAACGAAUUUUACGAACCUCACAGUAUUUUGGGCGAUGAAAUUCUGACGCAAAUACUGCUGUCGGUUUUACUUCAGAGCACCAAGUUGAAUUUCAAUUUGAAUCUGAAGAACGCUAGCUUUUUGGACGAUACGUGGCAACUACCAGAGUGCUCAGCCCUUGAACUUGUGCCUUGUAAAACUCUGGGCAUAUCAGUUUCCUUCAUAGAAGGAAAGGCUCUCGUAGUGAAUUUGGAAGAAAAUUCCGUCGCCGCUGAAGAUGAUAAAAUCGAGGUUGGUGAUGUUCUGGACGAGAUUAACGGGAACGUGAUAACGGCGAGUGCCAAGGGUAGGCUUGGCAAAAUCAUGAAAAGAGCCAUUGGACGACCCAUAUCAAUUCACGUCGUCAAGCAUCGUUAUAAGCAAUCCAGAGAUUUCUAUGGGCCGAUUGUCAGCCUGAUUCAAAGUUCCGGUAUAGAACACAUGAAGAGAUUGCUGCUGAGAAGUCCGGUCCCAAAAAACGAGCAGAACGAAGACCCACCGAAAUUGAGCGAAGCCGAUUUGAACGGAGACGAUAAUCUUCUGAAACCCGGUUUCCACACCAAGUAUUGUGGCUCGAUAUCGACCGGAACCGAAGGUGAUGUAAAACAAAUAGAGAAAGCUAUUUGGCGGCUCCUUAGAUCGGGAGAUAUUCAUCUUACUCCGGUCAGGUUUGAAUGUCUGGAAAUCGGAAUCAGGGUCACCCGAGAAGUGGACGAAAAUGUCCUAAUGAAACACAGUUACAUGGAAAUAUCGUCCUGUGGGCGCACCGCUAACAUCUCGGACUACUUCGCGUACAUCGCAGGGGACACAAACUGUAACGUGGCGACGAACUUCAACGCCUAUGUAUUUUUUCAUCAAAACGAAGAUGACGUGCAAACGAUUUUACAGAGCUUGGGACAAGGCUUUCAGCGAACCCAUUUCGCUGUUUGAACAGGACGAUAUUGGCAGGAUCAAUUAUUACGGCAGCUGAAAAUGAGUAAUUAUCCCGCAAAUUUGACAGCUGGUAAUUACUGUUAAUACGUUCAAUCCAUCCAUCAGAUACCAAAGAAUAACAUUAUAUAUCAGAAACGAAUAUCAACAUCAGAAGAUGACAUAUAUUUUGGGUCUUUAUGAUAUUUAUAUCAUAGUACGUACACCUCGUAUAAUGUAGUUUGUAAAAAAUAAAAAUUAAAUUUUCGUUCCAUCGAUGGCGAAAUUUAAAAAUA